GAAUUGUCGAACAGGGCAGUUUUUUGUUUUAUCAGCAAUCGUUUCUUGAGGUUUUUAACAGCAUUUUAGAGCGGAAACUGUUACUUUCCUGGCCCUUGUGAUGUAACACGAGGAACUAACAUUCUACACAGAACAAAAAAGAAAAGGGGCAGUCAGUAGAGAAGUCUGACAUUUCGACCACAGCCCGAAGCCUGUCAGCUCACGGAGCAACGGCCAGAAAGCCAUGGAACAGGAAGCGAAAGUGAUCCGCGAGGGAUACCUCGUAAAAAAGGGAAACAUAUUUAAUUCCUGGAAGGCAGUUUGGGUAGUUCUUUUAGAAGAUGGGUUUGAAUUUUACAGUAAAAAAGUCGAUGGGAGCCCCAAAGGUGUCAUUCCAUUGAAGGGAAGUUCUGUAACAUCUCCAUGUAUGGACUACGGCAAAAGAAUGUUUGUUUUUAAGUUACAUACGACCAAGAAUCAGGAUCAUUAUCUGCAAGCUACCCACCUAGAAGAACGUGAUGCUUGGGUGAAAGACAUUAAGAGAGCGAUUCAGUGCAUUGAAGGUGGCCAGAAAUUUGCACGCAAGUCAACAAGGAAGUCUAUCAAGUUGCCUGAAAAUAUAAACUUGGGUGCUUUAUACCUUUCUAUGAAAGACCCUGAGACAGGGGUCAAAGAGCUGAAAUUGCAAAAAGAGAAGAAAGUUUUCAAUCAUUGCUUUGCAGGUGCCUCUGUGAUUGACUGGUUGCUGUCAUCUAACUUUGUCAGGAAUCGGCGAGAGGGGAUGAUGUUGGCAGCAGCCCUUGUUUGUGAUGGCUACAUUCAGCCAGCUGAAGACAAAGCCAAAUCAGCAGCUGAACAUAUCGCUGAGAAUUGCUUCAUUGAUGACUCAGAUGCAUAUUAUUAUUUUGCUGACAGUGGCUUUUUCAGUGAAGGAAGCUCGAGUGACGACGAUGAAGUUUUAAAAGAGGAAUUUCGAGGAGUCAUUGUGAAACAGGGCUGUUUGCUGAAACAGGGUCACCGGAGGAAGAACUGGAAAGUCCGAAAGUUUGUUCUGCGUGAUGAUCCUGCCUACCUGCAUUACUACGACCCAGCGGUGGAUGAUCAGGACCAGCCGCUUGGUUCCAUUCACUUACGGAGCUGUGUAGUGACAGCGACAGACAGUGCUUCAGAUGGAAAGAAAUCUGAUGUCAAAGGAAAUCUCUUUGAAAUCAUCACAUCAGAUGAAGUGCACUACCUGAUACAGGCUGCAACUCGGGAAGAGCUCACUGAGUGGAUAAAGGUUAUUAAAAGUGUGGCAAGUACUGGAAAAUAAAGGCUGACUCAAGCAAAUACCUGUACUGAUUCUACAGGACUUUAAAGACAUUAACUAGCUCUCAAAAUAAAUAAUCAGCUCUUUAUUGCUGGUACCCGUAAUACAAAUAUAAUCAAAUAUAUACUGUACAAUGACUAAAGUAGUGUCUUACUAACCUGUGAAUACUUCUCUGGUCCGAGGACAUAAUUGUCAUCUGUUUUUGACUUUUUAUUGUAUGCUUCAUUCAUUUUAUUCUAAAACCUUGUUUCUUUAUUUGUGACAAAUAUUAACAGCAUAUUUAUAACUAGCACUGCCAAGAUGUUGAUGUGUCAAACAUAAUACACCUUAUCAUUGAGAAAUAGUAUGAAUGAUACUAACCAGUUGCCACCCUGUGAUGCCUGUGGGAGAUUUUGUUAGUUGUAACAUCCAGUAUCGAGCCUGGACUGGCAUUUGAUGCAAUCUAAAACUGGUAGCACUCAAUACAAGUUCAUUAAUAAACCAUUACACUGAGAAAGCUUUGUCAUUGGAUAGUUAAUAAACUCUCAUUUCAUCAGU